CUCCCAACGUCUCCUCCAAGAUCAACACCCUUCGUUCUGCCGCCGCUAUGAACAGCGAUGCGCAUCCGCCGCAUCGUGUUGUUCCCCCCAGCCGACGUAGAGAUAAGCCUAUCCUCUCAUGUACUCUCUGUAGGCGAAGAAAGUUGAAAUGCGACCGACAGCAUCCUUGCAAAACAUGUGUGGAUCGUGGCCUUUCACUCUCAUGUUCGUACGCUCCAAGUUCUGCAAGCGCAAAGUAUGAAUCGAAGGCUUCCCCCAACAUCCAUGACCGAAUCAAUCAACUCGAGAGGCUCGUAACAACCCUUAUGGGCCCCAAGGAAAACGUUCAAGGUAUCUCUAAGAAAUGCUCCAAUAUGCCUGAUGCCUUGCCAUCGAACAUUGGUGCUUUUUAUUCUGCCAUUGAGCCAAGCCCAGAGGCCGAUGUGCCCGGUACGCCAGACCGAGUCAAGCUCGCAAGUGAUGAAACAAGAUACACGAGCAGUGGGCAUUGGACGAGCAUUUUGGACGGAAUCGCAGAACUCAAAGAUCAGUUGGACCAGAUACCAACGUCUGCGCAACCACGCGAUUCUGAUCAGGGUGAAAUACAAGGUCCGGACUUGCUCUUCGGCCGCCAACGCCAUGCCACCAGACAUGAACUUGUUUCUGCCCUUCCCUCAAGAACUGAAACCGACGAACUAGUUAACACAUACUUCGAAUCCAUGGAUAUGGCUCCAACUCUCAUCCACCGGCCGACCUUCCUCCACGAGUAUGCGCAAUUCUGGGAACACCCUUUUGAGACGUCUGUCAUGUGGCUUGGCCUUCUCUUUGGGGUCCUCUCCGUUGCCACUCGUUUUAAUUCCGUAGUCGAUAACUACGGAGACACGGCUGAUGACGAACUCAACGUAUCUCUUAUCACAGCUGCCAUGGACAGUUAUCGUGAAAGACUAGUACAGUGCCUCGUUCUUGCUGACUAUUCCAAAUGUCCUCCAUUCACUAUCGAGACUCUUCUGUUAUAUUACGUGUCCGAAUAUCUUCGAUCUCGUGACACCCAAUUCGGGACCUGGAUUCUAGUCGGCAUGAUCGUACGCAUCUCGUUUCGCAUGGGCUAUCAUCGGGACCCGUCUAGAUUUCCAGAAAUAUCUGUCUUUCAAGGAGAAAUGCGUCGUAGAAUGUGGGCCAUGAUCGUCCAGCUGGAUCUCAUGUCCUCUUCGCAGGUCGGCUUACCAAAGAUGAUCCAAAAGUCAAUGUAUGAUACUCAGGAACCUAGGAAUCUCCGGGAUGAGGAUUUGGACCAGAAUCUCACUGAACUACCACCGUCAAGGCCAGAUACCGAUAACACCGCGAUGCUCUACGCUCUUGUUCGGAAUCGGGUGAUCGAUGUUUUCGGCCAAAUUAUAGAUGCCACUAGUUCCACUACGCAGCCUGCCUACCAAGAUAUCAUGCAGCUCGACGCCGCCCUUCGAGACGUCUUCGCCCAGAUGCCUCAGAGCAUGAAAGCUAUUCGAGCCAAGGACUUCGAACAUGUUAAAGAGGACUCUUCCAUGCGCCGACUGUAUCUUGGCCUUACUUUCCUGAAGGCAGAAUUAAUGCUCCAUCGUCCCUUCCUUCUCCUCGGCCGGACCGAUCCUCGUUACGAAUACUCCCGGCUUGCUUGUCUUGAUGCAGCCCUUGAAAUUCUAGAAUUCCAGAAGAUAUUGGAUUCACGCCCCGGCGCAAAAAUAUGGUCAAUGAAGUACCGGCUUUGGUCCAUAAGCUGGAGACUUUCGUCGCUCGUUAACCACGAUUUCCUCCUUGCAACCACGGUCCUUGCCCUCGAUCUCGACAGGGACAUGACCUCACCCCUUCCAGUUACUUCUGAUGAUAUUACCAACCGGGUGAGAUUCAAAACUGGACAGCCCACGCGAGUCGAGAUCAUCAAAGCAUUAACAGAUGCUUACGGCAUAUGGGUUCACGCAAGUCGAAAGUCACGAGAAGCUCAGAAGGUUGCUGCCGCAGUGAGGAUUUUGCUCACGAAGGCGAACGCCGAUGGUGCGUUAGAUCCUUCCAAUUCAGCCCCAGUUCCACCAAUAUCCUAUCCCGAUAUGCUCUCCCCAAGCCAGCAAUUCACAAACCUGCUACAGCAGCCCGGCAUGAAGGGUUGGACGGACGAUGUGGCUGGCCCCGCAAUGCAUGGAAUUGGAAAUCCUCACUUCGUUUUACCCUUCCCUAACGCGGAAGUGAAUCCUUCAAUGGAUCUUGGAGGAACUUUUGACUGGAAUGCGAUAGAGUCCGAAUUUUCGUUUGCAGGGUUCGAGCAAGAUAUUCAAGAUUACAUGGGUUGAUUCGGCGCUUUGCACAAAGGGUGGUGAUGCCAUUUCGUCAAAAGUACCACAGGGAAUUAUCACAACUCAUCAGUUUUUAAUAUUAACAAGAGCAUGCCGCCUUCAAG